GGUUAGUGGACGAGCGGGGUUUUAAAAAUGGCGACAAUUGCCAGAAUUCAGUGUAACCUUAAAACAGUGAUGUCACGUUAAUAAAAUCCAUGUAUAUACGUACGUAAGAACAUUUUUAUGCAUUCUGUUUCUAUACAAACAAGUGGCUUCAACAUGAUUAAGGCAAUUUUAGUGUUCAACAAUCAUGGCAAACCCAGACUGUCGAAAUUUUAUCAGUACUUUAAUGAGGACAUGCAGCAACAAAUAAUCAAAGAGACGUUCCAACUCGUGUCAAAACGAGACGAUAACGUCUGCAAUUUUUUGGAAGGAGGCAGUCUGAUUGGGGGUUCGGACUACAAACUAAUCUACCGACACUAUGCGACCUUGUACUUUGUUUUCUGCGUCGACAGUUCAGAAUCAGAAUUAGGAAUAUUGGAUCUCAUACAAGUAUUCGUUGAAACGCUGGACAAAUGCUUUGAGAACGUCUGUGAAUUGGACCUCAUUUUUCACGUGGACAAAGUUCAUUACAUACUAAAUGAGCUGGUGAUGGGUGGCAUGGUACUCGAAACAAACAUGACUGAAAUUCUGAGCCGAAUCGAAGACCAAAACAAGCUAGAAAAACAAGAGUGUUCUUUUCUUUUCAACACUGCCUAUACGCCAACAAUUGCUCCUGAACAUGUCCUUGUAGUUAUGGCUUUUUACACCAGAGAACUGACUUAAACUCAAUUUUAGGGGGCUUACAAAUCAGUGCGAUCUUACUCACCUCGUCAGAUUGUUCUUCUGGGACCUCCUCCCUAAAAGUUGAAUAGUAAUAAGAUUUCUUUGUUUUGACUUGAAUAUCAUUCCUGCUAAACAUGUGAGGUGAACAUUCCUAUUUCGUCUGUGAUCGUUUCUUGUUUUUUUUUUUUUUUUUUUUGAUACUUCAAUGAUAUUCAUCGGUUUUCUACAUAAUUAUACAUUUAUAUAUAGUCAAAUUUUCAUGUAAUAUUCUGUAUGAUAUUUUGCAUGAAUUUUGUAACGUAUGAUUUAUUUCAAAAGAGCUGGUGCCUUACAAUUAGUAAAAAUGUAAUUAGCAAUAACGUAAAUAAAAUGUAAACCAUAUAUUUACAUCUAUCUCCCUGAUUACUCCUCUACUACUCUUUUUCAUGUACCUAUCUAAAUUUAGAUACAUCAAUCACAUCUUUAGUCUUAUUCUUACACUAUUAUUAAUAUUAUUGGCGCAUUUGUAUAUUAUGCAUUAUAUUAUGCAUAAUUAAAACAAACUAUCUGCACAAAAUAUUUCAUACAUUACAAACUUAUCAUUAUUGGUUGCCCACUUCAAUGUUAACGUGAUGAGAUCAAUUUAGAACAACAUUUUUCAUGUCCAAAUCAGUCUAAACUGUAAGAGUUUGAUAUUCGAUUAUACAAAAUAUCAUUGUUAUACACUUGAAUGAGAAUAUGAGCACAUUCAACGGUAAAUGCCCUAGUGAUUACGCUGAUAAAUCUACCUGACUAAUUGAUGAAUUAUUUUUCCUGGCAGGCGGGAAUAACGGCAGCUCCAGCUCGGGCUGUAUCAGCAGU